AAGUGGGGGAGUUUCCUUUUUUCACUUCGCUGACGUCGCAGGUCUCAUACGUGCCGGAGUGAACGUGAUAGAACCGUACUAAGGACAAGGUGGUAGAGGGAGCGACCAGGAUAGCAUACAGACCGUUCUGAGCUCAGCGAUCAGAGCAUCCCUAAGAUCUAAACUUAGAGGACCAUGGGAGGUGUGGUGGUGGACGAGGGACCUGGGGGGGUGAAGGCACCAGACGGGGGGUGGGGCUGGGCUGUGCUGUCCGGCUGUUUCGUCAUCACUGGGUUCUCCUACGCCUUCCCCAAGGCUGUCAGCGUGUUCUUCAAGGAACUGAUCAGAGAGUUCGAAGUGGGGUAUAGCGACACAGCAUGGAUCUCAUCUAUACUGCUGGCUAUGCUCUACGGCACAGGUCCUCUGUGCAGUGUGUUGGUGAAUCGUUACGGGUGUCGUCCAGUGAUGAUGGUGGGGGGACUUUUUGCCUCUCUGGGGAUGAUUCUGUCUUCCUUCUCCACCAGCAUCAUCCACAUCUACCUGUCUACUGGAGUCAUUACAGGUCUGGGCCUGGCGUUGAACUUCCAGCCAUCUCUGAUCAUGCUGAAUCGCUACUUCAGUGAGAAGAGGCCCCUGGCUAACGGCCUGGCUGCUGCUGGGAGCCCUGUGGCCCUCUGCUGCUUAUCACCUCUGGGACAGCUGUUGCAGUACCAGUACGGUUGGAGAGGAGGCUUCCUCAUCCUGGGGGGGCUACUGCUCAACUGCUGCGCUUGUGCAGCCCUCAUGAGGCCCCUAGUGGCCCCUCCUAAAAGCACCCAGCUGGAACUGGAAGAUGUAGAGAAGGAGGGAAAAGAGUUGGAGGUAGAGAAGACCCCGUCCAAACGCAAACCGCUCCUGGACUUCAGUGUGUUUAAGGAUAGGGGUUUCCUGAUCUACACCAUAGCUGCGUCUAUUAUGGUUCUGGGUCUGUUUGUGCCGCCGGUGUUCGUGGUGAGCUAUGCCAAAGAGCUGGGCAACGAAGACACUAAGUCGGCCCUCCUCCUAACCAUCCUAGGCUUCAUAGAUAUCUUCGCCCGGCCCACCUGUGGCAUCAUCGCUGGGCUGAAGUGGGUCAGGCCCAGAGUUGUUUACCUGUUCAGCUUCGCCAUGAUCUUCAACGGAUGCACUGACCUGGUGGGAUCUCAGGCGAAGGACUACCCGUCUCUGGUGGUGUUCUGUGUGUUCUUCGGGAUCUCCUACGGCAUGGUCGGGGCGCUACAGUUUGAGGUUCUCAUGGCGAUCGUUGGCACGGAGAAAUUCUCCAGCGCUAUAGGACUGGUGUUGCUCAUGGAAGCUAUUGCUGUGCUGGUGGGACCACCUGGAGCAGGUCGACUGCUGGACGCCACUAAGAACUACAUGUACGUGUUCCUGCUGGCAGGAAUUGAGGUGGUUCUCGCUGCCGUGGUCCUCGCCACGUGUAACUUCCUGUUCAUCAGGAAGAAGCCCUCGGAACCUGCCGCGGAACUGGAGAACGGAACGGUUUCCGCGGAAAUGGAGCUUCUCAACAAGCCUGUUGCCGCUGAGGAAGAGGAGGAGGAGGAAGUAGAGAAGGGGGAGAAAGAGGUGAAGGAGAUGAAGGAGGAGAAGGAGAAAGAGGAGGUGAAGGAGAUGAAGGAGAAAGAGAAAGAGGAGGUGAAGGAGAUGAAGGAGAAAGAGGAGGUGAAGGAGAUGAAGGAGAAAGAGGAGAAAGAGAAAGAGGAGGUGAAGGAGAUGGAGGAAGCGGUUGAGAAAGCGAAGGAGGACGAGGAGGACAGUGAGAAAAAGAAGGUGGAAGAGAAAGAGGAGGAGAUCAGGCCUGAGAGUGUAAUGGGGGUCUCAGAAGAAGUGGAGCGCUUCCUUAAAGAACCAGAAGAACAAAAUGGCGCCGUGCUCUCCAGUUCUGAGACACGUCUGUAGGAGGAAGAGAACCUGGUACAGGACAAACUACAGACUUUACACUUAAACAAUGUCAAGGGCACUUUAAAGGUCACUAAGAAAUGUACUCCACAGUGUACUUUGUGAACUUUGAAGGGCACUAAAACGUGUACUUAGAAGUGGGCCAAGAAAGUGCUUAGAGAAGCAUACUGGGGAAGACAGAGCUAGUCCUAGCAGUAUCCUCCUGUAUGUAGUUGAGGUGUUGUUGUGUUGUUAUGUUGUGUAGCUGUUCUCUGUGGGGCUGUGUGCCAUAUCAACAACAAUAACACACACACACACACAAUCAUAAAGUGAAAGUGAUAAAUGUCAAGUGAAUAACCGUGUGAAUAGUGUUGUACACUGCCAUGUGAAUUGUGAAGCUACCAGUGUGUAGUGCUGCAGGGCGAUAUGGUAUACACCAUGUUGUUGUCUGUAAUAAUAUGGAAUAAAUACCAUCCUUCCUACCACUGUUACUCUGGAGCACAACAUUAGAAGUGUUCCGGAACUUUAACCAAACCCAGUGUGGAACAUUCCGCUGUCAUUCAACAUUCCGUUGAGUGGCAGAAUGAGGAAUGAAUGGAUACCUGGGUAUUGUCAGAUGCAUAUCAUUUCACUCAGAGCUUUGGCACAGACGUUUAAAGGUAUAGUGAUGUUGAACGGUUGAAUUUCACUCUGUAACCUUUACCAGGGCCCAUAGGGCUCCCAUAGGGCUCUGGUCAAAACUAGGGCACUAUAUAGGGAAUAGGGUUCCAUUUGGAACAGACAUUAUUAGGUCUGGCAGAACUGGCAGAAACCAGUCCAGAGAAACCAAUGACCUCCCAUGCAGAUCUAAAACACAGAACUUAAAAAAUGUAUUGAUACUUUUAUUAUGUCAGUAUUUGUUAAGGAAGGCUAAUAGCCUCUCCAUUUCAUGAUAAGUUAUAUUUAUGUACUUCCUUGUUCACUGCGUGUGUUCUGUUUUCUAAAGAUAACUUGCAGUGAGACUCUGUGCUACAUGUUAACUGAUAAAGACCAUGUUACGUA